UCUUGCUUUUGUUUUUGUUUUGUUUCCUUUCCUCGAGCUUAUUUGAGGUUAUUUUAAAAUUUAUCAAUUUAUCAUUGAAUCUAUUUUUUCCAUCAUCUUUACUCAAACUUUCUUUAAGUGAAACAUUAUUUUCUCUUUCCUUUUAGCUUUCUGUCAUUUCCAUAUACCACACCACAAACUACAAGCAUUCAGAUAUCUUGUGGCGCCACAUACUUUCAUCAUCUCACCGGUCUGCAUGCUCUGAUUUUAUACUAGUACACCUAUUGGAACUGUAAAUAAGUCCUGUCAAAUGGCUGGUGAAGUAGUUGUAGAUGCCCUCCCAUACAUUGAUCAGGGAUACAAUGAGCCUGGAGUUCGAGAAGCGGCUUUAUCGAUGGUAAAAGAAGAAACGAGUCGUUACAGGCCCACAAAAAAUUAUUUGGAGCAUCUGCCUCCUCUGAAUAUUAAUGCAUUUGAGACGGGAAUAAUGAAGGCAGAGUUUGAAAGAAUGCAGCAAAGAUUACCAAUGGACACUCUAAGCAUGAAACGGUACGAACUUCCACCCCCACCGGCAGGAAAGCUUACUGAUAUAAGUGCUUGGAAUGAAUGUGUAGAAAACUCAUUAGCCCAACUUGAACAUCAAGCUGUCAGAGUUACAAAUUUAGAAUUGAUGUUAGAAUAUGGAAUGGAAGUAUGGAAAUCUUAUCUUCAGUUGUUAGUCAAAUGUGUAAUGGAGCUUCAGAAGCAGGUGCAGGAUCUUAGGAAAGAAAUUCAAGAAAUUAACUGGGAAAGGAAGACAAUGCAGAUGGAAGGUGGUGAGAAGUUGCGACAACUAGAGGCCAACUGGGUAGGACUGGUCAGUAAAAACUAUGAAAUUGAGCAGGCGUGUGCUCAUCUGGAAAGAGAAAUCAUUGAUGCAGGCUACGAAUCUCUCCUAGAAAAAUUGUACUACAGGAAUAAAGAAGAAACCGAUUAGAAUUGCAUGUCUUCAUUUUAUCUUUGCUGGACAGAGUGUACCUCAGAAAAUUCUCAUCGUUCAGAACUGAGAAAGUAAACUUUUACAUAUUUCAAUCCGAAUUGGGGGAAACUGUGGAAAUGGGGGAUGUUAUGCUUCGGUGUUAAUUCUACUUCUGUUUUUUCCAAUUUUGCUGUAAUUUUACUUGAAGUACAGGAUUAUUUUUGUAGCUCUUCCUGGCAAGAAAUCAUGAAGUCAUUUUCAGUAUGAUUUUUCAACCCAAGUAUAAAAUAUAAUACCGGGAAUUUGAGUUAAUUGUCUUGUCUCUCAAGACAAAUUCAUUGUAGACAUCAUAAAAAUUUCGAGUGAAGCGGCAAUAUGCUUGUCAGUAUUCAACAUCUAGAAUCUUUGCUGGUUUUUAGGAUUCUCAGUCUUCAAAUGGAAUUAUAAAGAAACAAUUCCUUAAAGUGAAAUCGCAAUUUUUUUUCAAUUUUUCAAAAAAAUGUAAGCUGCUUUUCACCUAAAUUCUGAUUUUUUGUAUAAGCUCAUGGACUGUUUUUCAAUGAUUGUCACAAGGGAUGCCCCUUCUCUGCUCCUUCUGUGUUUGAAGGUAAUAAACACUGAAUCCAUUCUUAGCACUGCUUAUCUUUUUCAUGCUUUCUCACAAAACCCGAAUAUUUUCUUCGACAUAGGGGUAUUUUUUUAACAUUGUUUCUUAUGAUAGUGUGUAGAAACCACAAAAAAUUCGACUUUCUCGAAUUUUUGUCAUGAGCAUCGUUCAAUUUAUCAAACUUUUACUUUAAAAAAAUGUUUUCAAUGGACAAUUUCCUUGCUGAUUUCCUGAUGCCAUGUGCAAGCCCUGGCGCCCUUAAGCGUUUCUUGCAGGGGGAAACAAAAAAAAAUUCAAUAUUAGAUACCACAUCCUGUACUUCCUGCUAAUGAUUUAGGAUGGUUGGUCUUAAGUACGUCCAUCUGGUCUGGCGUGUAACCUGCUACCUAGAAUAAUUUUUUACAUUCAUGUAGUUGAGUCAAUGAAUGAAUAAAUUUUUUUCACAGUAUU